AUGUUGCUUGUCAUGGCCCAGCAGCACGAGGGAGGAGUGCACGAGCUUGUGAGCACAUUUUUCAGCUUUCUCAGACGUAAAACUGAUUUCUUCACUGGUGGUGAAGAAGGAGCACCAGAGAAACUGGUCAAGGAUGUAUUUGAUCGACAUAGUAAGUUAGCAUUAAAAGCUCAUAAAGAAAAGCUGAAGAAACAGGAAAUUGAAAAGAAGGAGAAGGCUGAGAGAGCUGCAAAAAUGAAAGCUGAGGAGGAGAUGAGAAAAAAGAAAAAUGAUGGUCCCAAAAUUCAAGAACUGACUGAUGAAGAGGCGGAGAGGCUUCAGUCUGAACUGGAUAAGAAGAAGAAACAGGAGGAGAAGGGGAAAGCAGAUGAAGAAAAAUCCUCUGAAAAAGCUGAGAAAGAGAAAGAGAAAGGGUCUGACUCAGAUGCCGAAGAGGAUGAGAAAGAUAAAGAUAAACUGAAACCUAAUUCAGGAAAUGGAGCAGACCUUCCCAACUACAAAUGGACCCAGUCUCUCUCAGAACUGGACAUAUCUAUUCCAUUUGAUGUGAAGUUUCGCGUCAAGGGCCGUGACGUGGUUGUGGACAUCCAGCGGCGCAGUCUUAAAGUGGGGCUCAAAGGACACCCGCCUAUCAUCGACGGGGAACUGGCCCAUGAGGUGAAGGUGGAAGAAAGCUCCUGGCUCCUGGAUGAUGGGAAAACCGUUUGUGUGCAUUUGGAAAAGAUCAACACAAUGGAAUGGUGGAGCAAAGUGGUUACUACAGACCCAGAAAUAAACACAAAGAAAGUCUGUCCUGAAAAUUCUAAGUUGUCCGACCUGGAUGGAGAAACGCGUGGCAUGGUAGAGAAAAUGAUGUAUGACCAACGACAAAAGUCAAUGGGGCUGCCAACUUCUGAGGAGCAAAAGAAACAGGACAUUCUUAAAAAAUUUAUGUCGCAGCACCCAGAGAUGGAUUUCUCAAAAGCAAAAUUCAGUUGA